UAUAAUCUACCGGGAACGUACAGCGUACACUACCGAGGACGGACGCACUCGUGUUCUCGUCUCAACUUCAGGGCUCCACUGCCUUCAAAUGAAUGAUCCCAAAUUUGUGCUUUAAAAACAGUCAACCAACCGACCGAAAGUAAAGAGAGUGGAAGUUGCACUGGCUAUGCUAGCUAGCGAACUAGCUAACUACCUCCCAAAGAAAUGUUUCUGAUCAGUGUGGGCGGACCAACAGCAGGCCGCCUGACCAAUGGCAUCGUCCGAGGUCAACAUGCAUGUGGAGGAGGUGGUUGUCGUGACAACGCCAGACGGUGUAGGACAAGGCGAUGCCGCGGAGGACGAGAAGGAGAGUGUGUUGGUCACCACGGAGCUGGACCAACCUGGUGAGGAGUUAGCAGAGGAGAGCGCAGCAGCAGAGGCCGACUCCAUCUCCAUCCCCAAGGACACCGUCAUAGUGAAACUCUCUGAGGAGGUGUCUGUGGAGGCGGAGGUGCUCUACCCCAUCACCUGCGGGGACAGCAAGGCCAUGCUCGUCUGGAAGAAGUUUGUGUGUCCCGGCAUCAACAUCAAGUGUGUGCAGUACAAUGAGCACCUCAUCAGCCCGAAGGAGUUUGUGUACCUGGCCGGUAAAUCCACACUAAAGGACUGGAAGAGAGCCAUUCGACUCAAUGGAGCCAUGCUCAGAAAGAUCAUGGACUCUGGUGAGCUGGACUUCUAUCAGCACUCUAAGCUGUGUUCCAACACGUGCCGCAGCACCAAGAUAGACCUGGUGGGCACCAGAGCCUCCCUCAGCAGCCAGACCUCCACCGAGCUCGCGCCACACACACCCAACACGGACGUGAAUGGAUCUCCAAAUCCACUCAGCUCAGAAGUAUGUGAGGACAGCACAGAGUGGGUCACAGCUAUUGGAGAGGACACCAUGAACUUCUGGCGUAACCUGAAUGAGGCAGGUCUUCUGGAGGAAGUGACAUCAGAGCUCCAGAAGGAGAUGCAGGAAGCGUUGAAGGGGCUGCAGGACCGGCUGCAACAGCCCCCUCUACUGGUCGCUGAUGCAGCGCUCCUGAAUAACGUGGUCCAGAGCUUUGGCAUGCUGGACCUGGUGAAGAAGGUGCUGGCCAGCCAUAAGAGCCAGAUGGACCGCUGCCGAGAACAAUACACACGCAGUCUUGUGUCUCUGGAGCAGCAGUGUGACGAGCAUCGUAAGCGUGCGCGUGAGCUCAAGAGUCGCUCUCAGACGCUCAGCAGCGUCCUGAUGACCCUCGCCCCCGUGGCCACGCCCCCUCCGCCCAAACGGCCGCGCCUCACCCGCGCCGUCUCAGUCCCCGCCUCCAUCAACGCCCACCAAUCCGCCGCCUCCAUCUCCACCGCCCUCCUCCAAUCGGCCGGCUCCUCCCCCGUGACGCUGACGGGCGUGCCGCUGGGGCGGGUCGUGUCCGGUGCGUCCCCGCUGCUGUCCGGCUACACGCUGGUCACUUCCUCCCCGGGGGACGCCCUCACCGACGCGUCCGGCGCCGCGCUCACCCUCCAGCAGCAGCCAGGGGGCGCUCUUACACUGCAACAACAGCCAGGGGGCGCUCUUACCCUGCAACAGCAGCCAGGGGGCGCUCUUACCCUGCAGCAGCAGCCAGGGGGCGCUCUUACACUGCAACAACAGCCAGGGGGCGCUCUUACCUUGCAACAACAGCCAGGGGGCGCUCUUACCUUGCAACAACAGCCAGGGGGCGCUCUUACACUGCAGCAGCAGCCCAGCGGCGGUCUUACACUGCAACAGCAGCUAGGGGGCGCUCUUACACUGCAGCAGCAGCCAGGAGGAGCGCUCACCCUGCAGCAGCAGCUAGGGGGCGCUCUAACGCUGGUCAGCGCUGACCCGGGCGGCUGCUCGUCCUCGCUGGGCGCCACCAUCCUCAAGCUGCUGAGCCCGGUCCAGUUCGUGACGCUGCCGCCCCAGAUGGCCGGCGGUGCCGCCGCCCCCCCGAUCGCCACGGCGCCCGCGCUGCUCCAGGGCGCCACCUUGCUGCCCACGGCGACCGUGGAGACCGUCUCGGCUACCGUGGAAACGGUGACGGCCACCACCACCGCCGUGGAGACCGUGUCUGCUGCCAUGGAGACGGUGUCGGCUGCUGCUGCUGCUGCUGCUGCUGCUGCCGUGGAAACGGUGGGGUCACAGGCGGAAGACUCGGGGGAGUCGGAGGUCAAAGGUGACGAGGACGGGCCAGACUGAGGAGCUGUUGUGACUGUUGCCAUGGCGAUUACGUGCACUGGGAGCUGGAGGUGCUAGGGGUCACUCCAGGUCACUUCCUGCAACAUCCAUCUUCACCUGUUAAACUCCCUCACCUUUACCCCUCCCUCACUCUCAUCCCUCCCUCACCUUUACCCCUCCCUCACUCUCAUCCCUCUAUCCUGUUCACUUUUGUUCUCCCCCUCUCCACCUCUCCUCUUUUCUUGCUCUAUCUCUACUUUUCUCUCUAUCUCUCUCCCCCUCUCCUCUUUUCUUGCUCUAUCUCUACUUUUCUCUCUAUCUCUCUCCACCUCUCUCCACCUUUCCUCUUUUCUUGCUCUAUCUCUUCUUUUCUAUCUAUCUCUCUCCACCUCUCCUCUUUUCUUGCUCUAUCUUUCCUCCUUUUCUCUCUCCACCUCUCCUGUUUUCAUUUAUCCCUUCAUGUCUCCCUUCUCUCUCUUUCUCUCUCUCUCUCUCUCUCUCUCAUCACCUGAGGAAAAGUAUGUGGUCAUGUCUCUCAGUCAAGGCCUUUCUAUCUGCAUGGCUCUAAUGAUAUCCUGCAGUGGUUGUGUGUGUGUGUGUGUGUGUGUGUGUGUGUGUGUGUGUGUGUGUGUGUGUGUGUGUGUGUGUGUGUGUGUGUGCGCGCGCGUGUGUGUGUGUGCGCGUGCGUGUGUGCUUUCAUAUUUUGUCUUGUUUAUUAAAAAAAAGGUCCCUUCUAACUUCUAAGACUGCACAUACAGAAUGAUCAACUGUUUAUUUUGUAAAAGAAUACUAUUUAGGAUAUAUAAACAUGGACAAAUGUUUAGCUGUUGAAUGGAGCAUAUUUUAAUAUGAACAGUAUUUUCUUGCAGACUUGAUAUUUGGUAUAUUUGGAGUCGACACCUUUUGUGAUCUUUGCUCAGGAGCGCCGAUGUGCUUUGUGAUGUUUUCUAUAGCUGGCUUGUGGAGGCUGAAGGGUUGCUAAAGAACAGAUAUUAAACUAUAUUAAGUACAUCUGA